UUCAUCGCGGCGCACAAAUGACGGCUCACUUUACCGCGGUAGUAAAAAAAACAAAACGCCAUCACUAACAUCACUUCAAGCGGGCCUUGGGGCAAGUGUCCUGCUUUGACAAUGAUGGUUCGUACGGAGUAUCUGAACUGUGGAAGAACACAAAGUAAAACAGAUAAAUACUCCUCUGUGGGCAGGUUUCUGGGCGAGUAUCUCCAUCUGUGGGAUUUCUGUGAGGCGUGUCUACGGACUGCUGGUCCCGUCGCUACGAUACUUCCGUAUCACUUCCGUGUGCUUCUGUUGAAAGGCGGGUUUCCACAGACUAGGUUUGGCUCCAUGGCUGACGGCCGAGGGGGGCAGAAUCCGGAGCAGGAGCCGAGGGGCGCCGCGGGUGGAGACGAUGUCGUUGAUGAUUCCAUCCUCGAAGAAGGUGCGGUUGUCUUUAGAGGGUAUGUGAUUGCACAUAUAAACACAGAGGAGCCCAGUCGACACGUGACUUCUGAGGAUUUGGGAGGAAGGCCAGAUGAACAACAGGAUCCACAAGUCAAAGAAGUGGUAGAACAGCUGCGCAAGAUAGCCGACAGUUUAAACCGCAAUGCUGAGCUUCAGAGACUGAUAAACCAGGUUCAGGGGAACUGCGUUCAAGAUGUCUUCAUGGCAGUUGCAAGAAACAUCUUUGCUGAUGGCAUCAACUGGGGUCGAGUAGUGGCUCUCUUCCAUCUGGCCUGUAAACUUAUACACAAGGCUAUUACCGCCAAUCACUUAGAGAACAUCCAAAUGAUCAUCAGCUGGGUCCUCCAGGUCAUCAGGGAGCAGGUCUACAGCUGGCUUGUGGCACAAGGGGGCUGGGAGGGGGUGAUCCGUGGUUUCUCUCGAUGGAGGACAGCAGCCAUGGUAGCAUCAGUAGUAUUGGUGGUAGCCUUUGUUUACUACCGGAAAGUACGAUAAAAACAUCGGACCUCACAACCAAGACUGCAGUGCCUUCAUCUGGAUACAGACGGCUUGUUAGGAAAUCAGUCACUCCUCAGCCUCCAUCUCAUUAACAAGAGGAGGUAAAGUACUGUGCUUACAGGGACGGAUCUUCUCUUUUCUCAGGUUUCAAAGAACAAAAGCGCUUUUGCUGCCAGAUGUCCAGUGAGCAUCUCAGCCUUUCUUCACUAGCAGGUGAUCAGUGGCUGCCGUGGAUUUCUGAGCUGCUGUAUCUAACACUGGAGGCUCUCAGCUGUCAGCCGAUGCUGCUGUUGCACCCGAUCUUACCUGAACCACACCUGAGGGAGUUUACAACAACAUAAUUAUCUUAAUUAAGCCAACUGAAUGUGCCAUAGUUUCACCGUAGCUGGUGUCUGAAAUUUGAAUUAUGUUGUAUUCUGUCUCAGACAGUCUUGUCUCUUUAAAGUCUUUUUAUAUACUUGUUUAGGUUUCUAGUAUCAAAGGACGUCAAAUCACACUGUAAAAAAAUGCAAAUGUUCCUUUUAUGGAUUUUAAAAACUGGACAAGAAUCCUCAAAGUGAGUUUUUCUGAAAGACUUCUUCACUGAACUGUUUCAACAAAUAAUUUGAAAUUACAAAGGGGAAAUGUGUUGGUUAAAUAAGCUUUUAUCAAGAAAACAAUGUUUUAACAAAGUGCAAUGGUUUGGAAUAAAUGUAAACCCUAUUUAAUUAAAACUGUAAAAAGAAAUCAUAAA